AUGGUGAAACAAAAGCGCAAAGCCAAUGUGCUAAAUCCUGCUACCUUGCCUUCUACUGGCGUCCCUAAGGUUGGGGCUGCCACGGCCGCCCACAUCGAUGCUAAACGCAAGGAGCAGGGAAAGCUCAUGGUCGAGCAGUCUCAGCUGGCGUGGGCAAAAUAUUGGGCCGAGAAAGCAGAGAGUCUUGCUGCUCCGUUUGGACCGUUGCCGAGUGAUCCAGCGGCUAUCGAGGCCAAGUUGGAUCGUGAUGCGACCAUCAAACCAGUUGCAGCCCUCAAGGUCCCUCAGUUGGAGAGGAUCGAGAAAAGUCCUCCGCUUUCUCAUGACGCCAUUGGAAAUAUCCUCCGAGAAGCCAAGGGCAAUUGUCCCAAGGCGCAGGCGUGGUUGAAAGCCCAUGAGAUGACCAAGCUUGUCCGAGACCAAAUGAUCCUGGGGGUUGAUGAAAGGGAGAACCUCAGAAAGCAGGUCCUUCAGAAUUUGCGCCACAGGACGCUCGUCGCGCUGAAGGCGGCCAACGCGUCCAAAGAGGAAGUGCGUGAUAUUUUGUCCAAGUUCCCACCUGCUGAAAAGGCCGAUGAUGAAGAUGAUGCAGAAAAUGUCGUGGAAACCGGCGCGGAAGCUCAGUUCCAGAGGGUCUUGGAUGCUCAUGAUAGACUCCGAAAGGCUCUCGUUGAGUUUGAGGAAUCAAAACGCCAGCAUCAGUCGGCAUAG